AUGUGGAUAGAGGGCUUCACACCGUUCCCAACAAAGACGGCAUCAUCGGCACCCGCGCCAUCCCCCGCACCGACAUCACGGUUGCCCAACCUGCCGAGACCACGCUCUAACGGCGCCGAAGGCCCCGGCCGCGCCGGCGAUGGCGUCUCGCGCGACGCUGCCGAAGGCGGCGAAGUGACCGAGAACGUCACCCUCGGCCAGAUGAGGGCCCAAGCUGCCGGUCUCGCAAGGGCGAGGAGCCAGCGUUUCGACUUUCGCUACGAUGACACGGACACGCUCAUGAACGAGCUCAACGAGUUCUACCCAUAUAUCGAGAUGGCGUAUGUGCAGCAGAACGCGACGCGGUUCGAAGGCUCGUUCUCUGGCAAGUGGACCACGGCCACGCUGCGUAAACGGCGAGAGUACGUCGAGACGCAGCUCGAGUAUCUUGAGAGCCCGGUCACCGAAACCCGCCGCGCCGCACAGGGCCGACUUUUGUAUCUUCUCCAAGGCUGCUUCGCCGAGACCGAGUCUUCAGAGGACCAGCUGCACUGGAUCAUUGAGAAUGCCAAGCUCAUACGGUCCGUUGACGGAGUCGCCACCCUCGUACUCGGCCUGCGGGAUGCUGCCCGUCGCUACAACGCUUCAGACGUUCUCGAGAAGGCUCAGCCGUCGGCGCCGGCGCACGAGCGCAGCGGGUCCUCCAACCUCCAGCCUGCGCCGUUUGACCCCUUUGACACGCACUCAGCAGAGCUCAUGGACGUCCUCGCCAUGCUGUAUUUCCUGGUCGAGGUGUCACGCAGCGACGACGCGUUCGGAGACGAGCUCAUGGCGGUGGAACCUCCUCUUCCUAUCGUGCUGAUCAACAUGGUGGCGGGAUUGAAGGACAGGAGCGUGCCCAAGGGCUACCCUGUCAAGAAGGUCCUCCUCUUGCUCUGGAAGACCCUCUUGGCAUGCCUCGGUGGCAUGCGUGAGGCGGCCAAGACGAAGGCCUUGUCGCGAGAGCUGGCAGGUCUGGGUCCUGAGAAGAAGGACUUCACAAAGGCCACACCGAUGGACAUUGCUCUGUGGCGCAGGGACACGUCCACAAAGUACCCGACAUUUGCCCCAGCGCCCUCGGUCCCAGAUGGCAUCCCUGUGUCAACAGAGGUAUUGGCCGAGAGCAUAAAGCCAAUGCCUCCAAAGCCAAACUAUCACUCUACAGAGUACCACUCUGGUGACCUGACAGGCAGUUCGUCUUCCCCAUUCUCAACAAUACCGACCCAAUCACUCCCCCAACCUGGAACUCCGGCCCCUACACCACCCCAGUCACCGCAGCAACGCCCCAAGAAACUGCAGUUUCAGACGGACCCCUCCAGGCCGUUUGUCUUCCCUUACUCGCAGCCCACAAAUGGCCCGCCUGCGAGCCUGGUGCCCUACGCUAUCGACGAGGCAGACAAGCUCUACCACGACCACGUGUUCGUGUCGCUCGCACUGUACCAGCUCUGGGAGUCGCGCGAGGACUACCUCCGCGAGGAGCGGGGGCUGGGACAGAGGGGGCUCAUCGGCUUUUCGUCGCUGCGUAUCGAUGACGAACAGGACGAGGCUGCGGAAGAGGCCAUGCGCCGAGACUGGCGUUACGAGGAGGAGGAACUGCGGGCACAGGCGAAGGGUGACACCGAAGGCGUCCGCCUCGCCCGCGAGAAGCGUGCGGCCGCCAGGCGGUUGUACCGCGUCGAGGUCAUCUACCGCUCAAUGCUGCCCAUCAUGCAGAACGCGGUGAUUGUCCUGCUAAAGCUCCUCCUUGCGACGGUAACAAGCACCAGCGGCCCGCCUCACCCCAUGCAGCAGCAGCACAACCAGGGAGUGGCCCCGGCAUUGGCUUCUCCGACACAGGAUGUCCCUCCUGUUGAAGACCGUCCCCCACCUACCCGGGAAGAGAUUGACAUUGCGCGACACCGCGAGAUCACCUCCAAGGCCGUCUCGGCCAUCAUUCUCAUCCUCCUCAAGUGGUUCAAGGCGUCUCACAUUCUCAAGUACCACCACCUCACGCAGCUUCUCCUCGAUUCAAACUGCCUCGUCCUUGUUCUCAAGAUCUUUGGUCUCCAGGAGAUCUCGCAGAUGGUCCAGACCAAGAACGAGAUGAAGGGCUGCAGCUUCUUCGAGUAUUGCCGAGGCCUGUCGAUGCCCGAGGAUGAGCUCAACAACCGGUCAGAGUCGCCGACGGAUCCACCGACACCACCAGUCGAGGAAGAAGAGGACGGAACAGAGGUUGAGAUCAUCACCGACUACUCGUGGCGCAACUUCUUCUCUGCCAUCAACCUUGUCAAGGUUCUGCAAAAGAUCACAAAGCAUCGCAUUCAUCGAAUCCUCCUCAUGUGCCAGUACAAGAGCUCGACUAUUCUCAAGCGCGUGCUUCGGGUGAACCAGCCCAUGCUCCAGCUUCAGGUGCUCAAGCUCAUCAAGAGCCAGAUGCCCUAUUGUGGCCGCAAGUGGCGUUCGACCAACAUGAAGGUGAUCACCAGCAUCUACCUGAAUUGUCGACCCGAGUUACGCAAUGACUGGCUAGUCGGCGUCGAAGCAGAUCUCGAGGCUGAAGACGCCGUGGCUGGCAAGCCUCAAGAAUUGGCACUGCGUACCCUUGUGGCGUUUUACAACAAACAGCACUAUGCUGCUCACUUUGCAGCGGCGCAAAUGGGUCCCGAUCAUCGCCGUGGUGAUUCGCAAAGUGCCCUCGUCUUCGACGAGCCUGGUCUUGUGCCGGCGGCCCGACGGCGGUCCCGCCUGGAUUCCGUGUCCUCGGAUGCUGGACUCUUCCCCCUGAGCAGGAGCGCCUCGGAUCUCGCACUCAUGCCCUACAAUCCGGACGGCAUGAUCGAGUUCUGGAUGCACGAGUACGAAGAUGUCCUUCGCGAGGUCUUUGGCGAGGGCACCACCGCGGAAGCCGACGAGGACUGGGACGAGUACGGCGACGGCGCCGCGAUGCCACCGCCCUCUGGAGCCCCAGGACCCGCUGAACGCGACGAUGCGGCAUGGGUGCGACUUGGAGAGCUGAUGCGCGCGCGUGGUGGCCAGGACGACGACACCAUCUCCGACUCGGAAAGUGUGGUGACGGUCGGUGAGCUCGGGGACGAGGCUCAGCUCGAGGCGGCUGCCGAGGGGCGAGAAAUGUUCAAUGCGAUGCACGAGCGCCAGCGUCGCAAGAGCAAGGGGGACGAGAACACGUGGGAGCACAUGUCACCCGACACGCUCAAGCUUCUGCCUCGCAGCCCCACGGACCGGCGGCGGUCGAGCUCGGGCGGGUCGCCCCUGCGCCCGGUCAUGGGUCUCGGCCCACUACUGGGCGACGACUUUGGGGACGUGUUCGAGGACGAUGCCGAGAUGCCGGGCCCGAUGCCGAUCGACACGGGCACGCGCGACGAGUUGGAGAGAGAGUACGGUGCGGUCGACGAGGUCGAGUACGCGUACGGAGAGUAGUGUGGCACCGCCAUAUUAGUAACGACUUAGAUGCAGCAUAUGUCAAACCACG